ACUACUUCAAGCAACCUUAAUAUAUCAAGCCGUGGAAUGGUUCACUCGUUUCUUGUCUAUUGCGCGAUAAUCAUUUAAAUUAUAAAAUAUGUGUCUAAUCGGCUAAUUAAAAUAUUAUCGCUAUAAGGGCGAUAACAGGGACCAGUGGUUGUGAAGUGCUUUCAGUUGGCAAUCACGAUUGAUAUGAUGAGGUGAUUUGUGAAUUAAAACUAGUGCAUGUGCGUGAUAAGUGAUUAAAAUGUGGGGUGCAGCGGUUUCUACUCCUCCACAUUACCAUUACGUUCAAGGGCACACCGUCCCUAUACAGCAGCGCGGUCCUGCAGGUCCUAUUUUGUCUGGACCGAAUGUUAGACAUUUAAGGCCCCAGUCGUCAUACUCGCUUCCUCACGGAAGCAAUGGACCCGGUCGUUGGAGCUGGUCUGGAAGCAAUGCGUCUUCGUUUGAUCGCAGGCAGAUGAAGGCAGUGCCUCCUCAGCCGGCCAGACCUGCACCAAAUCGACCGUCGCAUAAUAGGCAUGCCGCGAACAAGGUCGACCCGGAGCUGAUCUUCACAAAACAAGAGAAGAUCGGCAAGGGUUCCUUCGGCGAGGUGUUCAAAGGGGUCGAUAAUAGGACGCAACAAGUUGUCGCUAUUAAAAUAAUCGACCUCGAAGAAGCCGAAGAUGAGAUCGAGGAUAUACAGCAGGAGAUUAUGGUGUUGUCCCAGUGUGACAGCCCAUAUGUCACCAAGUAUUAUGGAUCAUACUUAAAGGGAACAAAACUAUGGAUUAUAAUGGAGUACCUUGGUGGCGGCUCCGCCCUGGACCUGAUGAAGGCGGGCAGCUUCGAAGAGAUGCACAUUGCUGUGAUACUGCGGGAGGUGCUACGUGGCCUUGACUACUUGCACUCUGAGAGGAAGCUGCAUAGAGACAUCAAAGCUGCUAAUGUACUCCUCAGCGAAAUGGGCGAUGUCAAGCUAGCGGAUUUUGGUGUCGCUGGUCAAUUAACCAAUACAACGAGUAAGCGAAACACAUUCGUCGGAACACCGUUCUGGAUGGCGCCCGAAGUCAUCAAACAGUCGUGCUACGAUAGCAAAGCAGACAUCUGGUCACUCGGCAUCACGGCAAUAGAACUCGCCAAGGGUGAACCGCCAAAUUCAGAACUGCACCCAAUGAGAGUUCUCUUCCUAAUCCCCAAAAAUAACCCUCCACAACUCACGGGUAGUUAUUCGAAGCCAUUCAAAGAGUUCGUCGAGGCGUGCCUUAAUAAGGACCCGGAAAAUAGACCGACAGCAAAGGAGCUGUUGAAAUUCCAGUUCAUCAGAAAGGCAAAGAAGAAUUCAUAUCUAAUGGAUCUUAUAGAUAGGUAUAAGAAGUGGAAGUCCCAGAGGAGUGAGGAGAGUGAGACGGAAUCCGAGAACUCUGAUUCUGAAGACAUGAGUCGGGGCGAUGGUGAGGCAGAUGAGCCCUGGAUAAUGACAGUCCGCGGUGCGGCCGGUGCGCGUGCGCUUCAUGCGCAUACGCACGCAUCCGCCAACGACGACGACAAACGGCGUACGCUUCAUGAUGAACCUGCUCUCGUCUCUCCAAGUUCCCCGACAGUGCCCAAACAGAAUGGAUCUCUCACACGCGGAGACGAAUCGCCUGUUGAGAAACCUCUCAAUAAUAACACACACGAUAAUCAAACUUCACGCCAAUCUCCAAUAGUACCAACGCCAGUGGAGCAGCGCGUAAAAGAGAGGGAUAGAGAGCGCGAAAGAGACAGAGAUAGGGAAAGAGAGAGGGAGAGGGAGCGAGAUGAUAGGAAGGAAAGAGAAAGGGAACAUACAUCUAAUAGGGAUAGUGGUGUUUAUAACAAACCGGCUUCCCCGUUAGACCACAGAGGACCCAGUGAGGAGAACAAAGUCAGGCGACACGCCUACUUACAUCAGCUCAUUAAUCCACUUCUCAAUGAGUUGUCCCGCAAACACGGUCCAUCGAGCGUGGCAGCCAUUGAAGAGUUGCGUCGCGCUUUCGAGGUCGCCGAACGCAGCGCGCCCCAUCUCACACGGGCUUUUGUUCAACAGGUGGUCCAACGAGUCGCGACCCAGAGCCAUGCGCCUACGCCGGCACACAACUCGCACUCGCAUUGGAUGAGGUAGGGACAAGUAACCUGAUCAAAACGGAUGCGUCCACUUAGCUGUGCUCUCGCUUCCUUCAGCGGCUACACUGUACCAAUGGACCAAUAGGUACCACACCGGACCUUAUAUAAUCUAUAGAUAAUUCAUUCCUAUAAAUAUCAAAAUUAAAUCUUUAUUACUGUAAAGAGAAUUAGAUAUUAGAAUUCACUCAUAGUUUUGUAUCUUAUUCUCGUAUAUCGUUUAAAAUGUGGACCUAGGUCUGUACCCUGUCAAACACCUUAUAUAAUUUUUUAAAUUUCUGUACUGCAAUAAUAUUAAAAAGGUGUUAUUUCUUCGAAUGUAUAUUGUAUUUUCAGCUUUUAAAUUAUUUACUUAUAAAAAAUAUAUAUAAAACCUGUUUUAUGUAUGUAUUAGAUGUAGUACGUUCUUAGUUGUAUAUUUGAUUUCGAAAGUUAUAUUAUAAAAUUGUCUUCCCUUAUUGUCCGGAGUGUAGCCGCAAUGGAGUCACAAAAGUUGCAAUGCCAUAGAGAAAUAACGUAAUCAAUACUUAAGAAUCUUAUUUAAACUAACCGUGCACACGAAAAAAAUUCCGCGUUGAUUUACGAAAAAUAUCGUGUCUACGGUGUGCAACUAUGUAAAUAUGAAAACAGUUGUCUUUUUUUUCUACCAUUUUUUUUUCAUUUUAGGGUUGUGUCAGUAAGCGAAUAUUAGAACAAUUUUGUACUGAAUUUUGCUUUUAAUUUUGUUUUGCCGUUUCUUGUGUUUUAAUUGUUCUAAUACAGUGUGAUAAGGGGCUGAUAUUUCCGAUUUUGUCUCUCACGGGCCGUAAUAGCCAUCUUGUGGUGAUUUGGAAAGGCUAUUGGGACUGGCCGUUGAUAACUGAUACAAUUCACUUAGUUUAAUUCGUGUUUCUUUGUACGUCGCAGGACUACGCCAAUAUUUUUGCCAUACGUUCGUCUAUCCGUUGGUUAUCGCUUAUUUUUGAAAUUGUAACGUAUUUUAGUUGUAUUAAAUUUGAUCGUACUGAAUUUUUCGCUAGUUUCUUAAAGCCGUUUUGAUUGGACGCUGCUUUUCAAUAAAUCGAUUUGUUUACAUUUUUUAUGCGUUGUGAUAUUUAGAUCUGGGAUUUAACGCAAAAACCAAUGGUUACUCAUGUAAUUUAAAAAAAAAAACAGUAAUUUUAACUAGUCAUGGGACAGAAUGUUUCAUUGAUCGUUAUAGGUUUUUCUUCAACAAAUUUGAAUCCGAAGUCAAAAAAAGUCGGGACUACAAUAGACUAAUUAGGACCUUGACUUUUGUAUGUCAUCUAAAACACUGUCGAAUUGUUUAGCAGAAUGUAAUUAAAAUUUGUUAAUUUCUACUAUAAAAUAAAAGCUAAUAAAAAAAAAAUACAGUGUCCAAACAAAACCGGCACCUAGUGUCAUUCCAGACAAAAGACAGAUUUGUCAGCAUUUAUAGAUUUUAUUAUUUCCUUUUAAAUUACGUCUGAAGACGCAUCGUUUUCUUUAAUUGUUAUUAUGUCGCCGCAAUAACGAAUCACGUUGCAUUAAUUUGGGGAUGGAUCGUGAUUAAUGACGCCUUAUGGUGAAUGUAAACAUGCUUAUAUGCGACAAUAUUUAGCGAUUCGAUAUAGAUAUAAAAAAAAAAACAAUUAUUGCUGUGUAAAAUAUGUAAACCAUAUGUAAAUUGUGUAGUAUAUAAAGAGAAGCUGUUUAUUGAAGUGUUCUUAUAAGUGUAUGAAGAUAUAUUAGCAAUAAUUCGUGGUGUGGAAGAGAUGCGGGAUUAUAAAAAAAUAAUUGAAAAAAAAAAGGAUUUUGAACAUAAUUUGAAAUAAAAAGUUUUUUGUGGGAUUUUUCAUUCGGAUUAAUUCGCUAAAAUAUUUAUGAAGCUAAUAAAUGCUUUUACGUCCUUUUUUAUUUUAAUUCCAAAGCGUAUAGCACUGCUCAAAAUUUCUAUAGAAAUAAAUAUUCUACAAAACUGCACAUGCCAAGGGCGCAGUUUACAAUUAUUUAUCUAAAAUAAAUAGAUCUCGUAUCUCUCCCAUGCCAUGUCUCGCCUUGUAUUUUGUUUUGCCAUGUGCGUCCAGCAUGGAAGAUGUUAUGUUAAUUUUGUUUGGAGAAAAUCAGAAAAUAUUUUUCCACUCGAUAUUAAAGCGUGUAGUGUUAGUGAUGGGCGGAUAAUUGUUGAUUAUUGAUUAAAUUAGGGUGUUCUGACGAUAGUUUGAUCGACGAGGCCGGGGAGACCAAGACCGGCGUUACUUAUAAACGCCUCUUAACUGUUAAUAGCGAGUUAAGAGUAGCAUGAAAGCGUUAACGGCCCGUCGGUAGUGGUUCGUAGUUGUUACCGAUUCGCGAUUUGUUCGGGUAUAUGUGAAUGCGCAUAGUUAUUAAUAUUAAUUAAAGUCAAUAGUGCUAUAGGCGGCCUCGUGCGUCACCCAACGCGGGUAAAACAUUCUUAUGAAACAUCUGUAACUGUGAUAUAAAAUAGGCGUUCGUUGCGAAAUGCAUAUGGCGGAAGUGGUGACGCGCGGGAACGCCUUUUAAAGCCCUCCACAUUGCACUUGUAUUACCAUCGCGUACCAAGACAGCCAAUACGGCGUCCAUUCUAACACGUUUAUGUAGGAAACAAAUUUGACUCUGAAAUAAAAGAAGUUAUUUAAUUUUGGA